AUGACUUUCAAUCACAUUUGCUGGAGAGCACAGAUUGCACCUGCUCCGCAGGCCAACCGGGGCCCCUGCCCGCUCCGCAGUUUAGUGCGGUUUCCUGUGCACGGACUUGAGGACCCACCAGGGGUCACUGCAGCCUCAGAGCUAUUGUGUCCGCCGGUCCUGGACGCGGCCGGCUGCACGGAGGGCGUGGGGCUGGGAUCGCAGGGGGCUGGGAUCGCAGAGGGCCGGGUCUGCGCUGUUCCGGAAGAAUUUUACUGCGAAGUUUUGCUCCUGGACGAAUCCAAGCUAACCCUCACCACACAGCAGCAGGGCAUCAAGAAGUCCACGAAAGGUUCCAUUGUCCUUGACCAUGUAUUCCGUCACAUAAACCUUGUGGAGAUAGAUUAUUUUGGGCUGCGUUUCUGUGACAGAAGCCAUCAGACGUAUUGGCUGGAUCCUUCAAAAACCCUUGCGGAGCACAAAGAACUCAUCAACACUGGACCUCCAUAUACUCUGUAUUUUGGUAUUAAAUUCUAUGCUGAAGAUCCGUGUAAACUGAAAGAAGAAAUAACCAGAUAUCAGUUUUUCUUGCAGGUGAAGCAAGAUGUCCUUCAGGGCCGUCUGCCCUGCUCUGUCAACAUAGCUGCUCAGCUGGGAGCAUAUGCCAUCCAAUCGGAACUUGGAGACUAUGACCCAUAUAAGCACACCGCAGGAUACGUGUCAGAGUACCGGUUUGUUCCUGAUCAGAAGGAAGAACUUGAGGAAGCCAUAGAAAGGAUCCAUAAAACUCUAAUGGGUCAGGCUCCUUCUGAUGCUGAGCUGAAUUACUUGAGGACGGCCAAAUCCCUAGAGAUGUAUGGUGUUGACCUCCAUCCUGUCUACGGAGAAAACAAGUCUGAAUAUUUCUUAGGAUUAACUCCAGUUGGUAUUGUUGUCUACAAGAAUAAAAAGCAAGUGGGGAAGUAUUUCUGGCCUCGAAUUACAAAGGUUCAUUUCAAGGAGACACAAUUUGAACUCAGAGUACUGGGAAAAGAUUGCAAUGAAACUUCAUUCUUUUUUGAAGCUCGGAGUAAAACUGCUUGCAAGCAUCUCUGGAAAUGCAGUGUAGAACAUCACACGUUUUUUAGGAUGCCAGAAACUGAAUCAAAUUCAUUGUCAAGGAAACUCAGCAAGUUUGGAUCCAUAAGUUAUAAGCACCGGUACAGUGGCAGGACAGCUUUGCAGAUGAAUCGAGAUCUUUCUAUCCAACUUCCCCGGCCUGAUCAGAAUGUGGCAAGAAGUCGAAGCAAGACUUACCCUAAGAGAGCAGCACACACACAGACUGCUGGCUCAAACAGCAUAAACCGGGUGACUACAAACAUGGAAAAUGGAGAAAAUGAAGGAACAACUAAAAUUAUUGCACCUUCACCAGUAAAAAGCUUUAAAAAAGGAAAGAAUGAAAACAGUCCUGAUAUUCAAAGAAGCAAAUCUCAUGCACCAUGGGAAGAAAAUGGCCCCCAGAGCGGACUGUACAACUCUCCCAGUGACCGCACUAAAUCACCAAAGUUCCCCUGCCCGCGGCGCCGAGACCCUUCCUGUGGAAGCGACAAUGACUCUGUGCAGCCGGUGAGGAGAAGGAAAGCCCACAAUAGUGGUGAGGACUCAGAUCUAAAGCAAAGGAGGAGGUCACGCUCACGCUGUAACACAAGCAGUGGUAGUGAAUCAGAAAAUUCUAAUAGAGAGCACCGGAAAAAAAGAAACAGAAUACGGCAGGAGAAUGACAUGGUUGAUUCGGCGCCUCAGUGGGAAGCUGUACUACGGAGACAGAAGGAAAAAAGCCAGUCGGACCCCAACAACAGGCGAUCCAGACACCGAUCGCGCUCGAGAAGCCCUGAUAUCCAAGCAAAAGAAGAACUGUGGAAGCACAUUCAAAAGGAGCUGGUGGACCCAUCUGGAUUGUCAGAAGAGCAACUGAAAGAGAUUCCAUAUACUAAAAUAGAGACUCAGGGUGACCCAGUCCGCAUCAGGCUCUCUCACUCGCCGAGAAGCUACCGCCAGUAUCGAAGGUCGCAGUGUUCGGACGGAGAGCGCUCUGUUCUCUCGGAAGUGAACUCAAAAACAGAUCUCGUACCACCACUUCCAGUGACCCGGUCUUCAGACGCUCAGGGUUCUGGUGGCUCUACAGUUCAUCAGAGAAGAAAUGGGUCUAAAGAUAGCCUGAUUGAAGAAAAAUCUCAGCUAUCCAUAACCAAUUUGGCUGGAAAGCACACAGCAAAAACAGUAAAAACCAUCCAAGCUGCACGCCUCAAGAUAGAGACUUGAUCCCUGGGAGAGCCAGGGCAGUGGGAGCCACUGGUACUUCCGAAACUGUGAAUUAGAUAAUUAUUCAAGUGUCUUGGACCUUGCUCCUUUUGAAAAUCUCACUACAGCGUUGUGCUGAAGGCCUUUAACUGGAAGGGCGGUAAUGUUGUAAAUGCUCACUUGAUGCCACAUCCUCCCUGCUUCCUGAAGAAAGGCAGCUUGUGUCUGUGUCCACUACAAGACCAGGUGCUCCUGACCCACCUUCCGGACUGCGGGGACUUUGCUGGAACAAUGGGAGGAGUGUUCUUCCCAGCUCGGUGGCUCAGCCAGUGCUGAGGUGUGUGCACAAGGGCUGUAACAUCCCUCAGACCACGUUUAUUCAUGUGAAAGUUCUUUGUAGUAGUGUUAUUUUGUGGCAUUGAGUUCACUGUAAAGCUUUAAGUGUUGCUUUUAAUUUUGAAAGCGACCUUGUCUUGUGUUUUCUGAAAAAAAGAAAAGGCUACGUGUGGAUUUGUUUCCCCCUACCCUGCCUGGCCACCUAACUUGCCUGCUGUCCUAGACCUCCUCCCUCCACGGGGAAUCUUUCUGAUCUACAGGGAAAAUAAAUAUACUUAUGCAGGACACCUUUUUAGCCUUUCCUUACCAGUCAUCUCCGGUCAGCGUCAACCCCAGUCCUCCACCCUUUCUUUCCUGUGCUUUGGAUGCCCUGUUCCUCUCCCUCAGGAUCAUUUUCUCUGCUCUCUGUAGAAGGUAUUCAGCCUCUUCCACCAGUUACCUUUACUAUUUGGUGUUAAACCUGUGACUGCCACCUAAUAAUCCAACUUUCACAGCCAGAAAACCUUGUCUAACUGCAAUUUUUUUAUCCUCAGCUAAAUUGCUUCAAAGGAUUUUGCUUCGGUGUUCAGUUCUUCUAACCUUUUUCCCUCUACCCCGUCAAAACCUCCCUAGGCCUUGCAACAUCCUCUCCCUUCACACUCUAUCUUAACUUUACCUUCCCAUUAUUGGGAGCUAGGUCUAUACCCAUCAGCCUUGAGGUUUAUUUUUGUAGCUUACACUACAAAGCGGUGUGGUAAGAGGCCACUUGGACUUUUCAAAGGUUUCACCUAGUUCAGACACCUAGUACCAGCUGAAUUUAGACACUGCUCGUAACCCUACCAGCCUACGUCAUGAAUACCCCUACCACACCAAGUCUGUUGGCCUUGCUUUCAUUUCACCGCCACACUGAUCUAAACGGGUCUUGCCUAUUAGACCCAACUGAGGUAGUCUAAUUGGCCUGCCUGCUCUCAGCUAUUUUCCACUAGAGUCCCACUCUUUGCUUUUAAUAAAGCCCAAGCUUUUGCUGGCCCGGCCUGUACCAGCUCAUUUGGUGACACACUAACAGCCCUCCAGCAAGACUCAUUGAGCACAUACAUCCCUAAACCAGGGCACCAGAGGGAAAACAGCCCAACUGUUAGGCAAGACUUAUGUCACCUUUUCUUUGUCCAGGGUCUCUUCAUAUGCCACUCUAACUUUGCCUUUCAAGUGGAACCUACCUUUCAUGUCAACUCUGCUUUCUCAGGUUUCCCUCACUUGGUUAAACCCUAUCAUAGGACUUACUUGUGAAUUCUGUUUCCUCCACUCAGCUGUGUGCUCCCAGAGGAACUGUGUUCUGCUUGUUGUUUGCAGCUCCUGGUGCUUUCAAUAAAUUUUCCCACAU